AUUCGUCCCUCAUUUGUCACUCUCCUCCAGGCCGUAGUACUUUUUGUCGUCCGAGGAUGCAGCUAGCCAUGGCUGCCCAAGACGAACAGCAGCCGCCGCUGCACAUCCUCUUCUUCCCGUUCCUAGCCCCCGGCCACCUCAUUCCAAUAGCCGACAUGGCCGCGCUCUUCGCCGCCCGUGGCGUCAGGUGCACCAUCCUCACCACGCCCGUCAACGCAGCCAUCAUCUGCUCGGCCGUCGACCAUGCCAAUGACGCCUUCGCUGGCCCGGCCAUUGAUAUCUCCGUCGUGCCGUUUCCUGACGUCGGGCUCCCGCCGGGCGUCGAGAACGGCAUGGCCCUUACAUCCCAGGGCGACCGCGACAAGUUCGCUCAAGCGGUGCAGCUGCUCCGCGAGCCCUUCGAACAGUUCUUGGUUCACAACCACCCCGAUGCGGUCGUGACCGGCAGCUACUUCCACUGGUCCGUCGACGCUGCCGCGGAGCACGGUGUCCCACGCCUCACCUUCCUCGGUAGCAGCAUGUUCGCGCGGUCCUGCAGCGAGAGCAUGCUGCGCAACAACCCAUUGGCGACUGGCCCCGACGACCCCGACGCGCUCGUUUCCCUGCCGGGGCUGCCGCACCGUGUCGAGCUGAGGCGGAGCCAAAUGAUGGACCCCGUGAAGCAGGCGGACCACUGGGCAUUCUUCCAGAGCGUGAACGCCGCGGACCAGAGGAGCUUCGGCGAGGUUUUUAAUAGCUUCCAUGAGCUGGAGCCGGACUACGUCGAGCACUACCACACGACCCUUGGCCGCCGCGCGUGGCUCGUCGGGCCGGUAGCACUCGCCAGCAAGGACAUGGCUGGGAGAGGCACCGACGCGCUCUCGCCGGACUCGGACAACUGCCUUGGGUGGCUGAACACGAAGCCCACCGGCUCGGUGGUGUACGUCUCCUUCGGCACGCUGAUCAGGUUCUCGCCGGCGGAGCUGCACCAGCUCGGUGGGUCUUCGUACAAUGAUGUUGGCCAGUUGAUGGACGAGUUGACGGCCCGCCUGAGUUCCAUGAAGGUUGGCGAAAUGUAAAAAAAGCUUGGAUUGGCAUAUCUGACAAACAUUCGCCACAAGAGAUGACAUUUGGGAACGUUCGUCUGGCAGUUUCAGUGUAUUUGAUGAACCUGGGUGGCUUUUUAAAAUCUGCCAUGUCAUUUCUUUAAUGUCGAGUGCAGAAAAGUCAUCCAAACUGCACCGUAGAGUCAAGAUCGUAUGACAGUUACGGCGUUCGCAGACAGU